AUGUAUGCUGGAUUUGAAAAUUUUUGUGAAGCAUAUAAUGGCACAAUUACAUCAUUAUCAUUACAGCAUUUUGGUAAAAAUAAUUCGGAAAUAAAAAACCAGCCAAUGUUGGAACGUCGAUUAUUUGAAAAUAUAUGGUUGAUUUAUUCGUCUUCAUUAUUAAAAUUCUUCUUGUCAACAAAUGAAGAAAUGGAAAUUCCAUUAAAUAUUAGUGAUCGUGAUCAACGAAAUUGUUUUUUCACUAGUCAAUUGCCUCAAUUGGAACGUGAUUUUACAUUAUUCUGGUCGAAUCAUUUGUUGAAAUUUGAUUGUGGCAGUCAAUGUUGUAAAGCCAUUGUUAUAGAUGGGUUUCAAAAGCCUGAUCGAUUUGUUUGCCAGUUUGCACGAGAGUUGAUUCAUUCGGAAGAGCUUGGUGAUAUUGAAUGGGGUUGUGGUGUUCGUCCUGAAAUGAUUAGAGAUAAACAACAUCCAGGUUAUUGGACAAAUACAGAAUAUUGUCCAAAACAUAUUCAUCUUGAAAAUAUUCAAUCAGUACAUGGUUCAACUGACAAAGACGAUUAUGAUGUUGUUGAUUGUAAUGUUUCAAGAACUGAUCGCUACUCGAAUCGUCAAACAUCCUAUGGAAUAAUAUUAACUAUGUACAACUGUGGUAUCAUUGUAAAUUUCGAUGAAUUGUAUAGAUGUGAAUCACCAAUACGAGUGCUCCAUCACCUAUUUACUACAAUUGAUCGUCUUUCACCAAUAGUGUAA